AUGAAUGUUAACAACGAAAAUGAGAUCGAACAAUGUUCUGAGAGGCAGAUGGUGAGCGCCAGCAACAAUGAGUCCAACAAAUGUUUCGCGAUCCCGAUGGCUAGCAACAAUGAUCCUGAGAUGCAAAUGGCUGGCAACAAGGAGCCGCAACAAUGUUUUGGAAACCAAAUGAUGCGCAACAAUAAAAAUUUCAUGGUCGGCGACGAGAUGAUGCGUGCGCUGAUUCACUACAAAGUUAAGGGCGAUGCUGAAAUAUGGCUGUAUUCAAGCACGAGCGCUACUAUGGACACAGCGGAUAAAAUGUUAAGCCACCUGGAGAAAAUGUUCGUAAUGUCCAAAGAGUCAAAGUUGAGUAUGCGGCAGAAGCUACAGAACUGCGUCUGGAUCAAAGGUGAGGAGUUCUCCAAGUACUACAACGAGAAGUGGCAGCUGGCGGAUAACUUAGCACUGGCAGAAGAUGAAUUUUUGGAAUAUGUCAUUAACGGCAUACACGAUGUCAAUCUACGCAAUCUGGCUAAGUCGCAUUCGUUCAAGACCGGAUUGGAGCUUUUGGAGGCAUUCCGAAACGAUGAGUUGGGCUACGUUCCUAAGCCCAAGUUACUAGAAGACCGUAGAGCAGGAGAUUAUCAGAAGCCACGAGGUAAUGCAGAGUGCUACAAUUGCCACAGUCGGGGCCACCUGGCCAAAGAGUGCCGCAAGCCUAAGAGACAAGUUGGGGCUUGUUACGCAUGUGGCUUGCAAGGACAUGUGUCUAAGGAGUGCAACCAAUACAAGAAGUCGAAGGGCGGGGACAACGAUUAUAAUGUCUCAUAG